UUUCAUUUCAAGAAAAUUCAUGGACCGAAUUUGAUUCAGGAUUUUACCACUUACGUGUUGAGAAGACAUGUGGUGGGAGUGUACUUGACCAAUUGAUUCAAAGACCGAAUAUUGAAUAUCAAAUGACUGAUUCAGGGGUGUCUACUAACGGAAAUAAUGGUAGUAACAAUGCAAAUGACACAACCAGCAAUACGUCUAUUUACACAGAUGUAUUUAGUGAUAAUGGGUUAAGCUCAAGUGAUGGUAGUGAAAGAUAUGAUACUAUCCAAGAGGAAUACUGUAAUCAAGGUUUUGUUGGAGAUGAGGAGGAUCCCCGCUCACAGGUCACAUCUACAGGUUCGGAAAAUCCAGGGAAUAACAUCAUUGAAAAUGAACAGACAAUUUAUUGCAGAUUGAAAAGAUCUUUAAAAACAUGGACCACCCUUGGUAUAACCGGAUUGUGUAUAAUUGGUGUAGCGAUAUGGAUAUUCCAGAACAACUAUUAUUCGGGUUUGGAUAAUGCGAAUGAUCCUGCUUCUGCUAUUAAAUAUACACCCAUUCCUGGUCAGUGCGACAAUAAGAUGUCUACUGCAAAGAUUGGAGAACCAAUAUGUAUUUCUUAUACAAGUCCACAGAGGGCUACUAGUAGUCCGUCAAGUAUACAAGUCCAGCAUAUGACAUCACAAUAUUUCAAUGCACUCGAAGUGUUUAAAAUCAAUGUGUCAUCUAAUAACUUUGUUCAACAAAAUGGAGAUUGGAAAGUCUACUACAACUUUUCUGACCAACAAUUUAGCUUGUUUAAGGAAAAGGCUAAAUGUGACAAUAUGGGAAAUUACACCAUCACAAUAAAAUAUGAUGAUGGAAAUACUACAUUCCACGAAUUUGAAAUACAUCUAAAAGAUCCAAAGUUACAACAACGUGUUACUCGCAUUAAUGACAGUAUUUAUGUUCAUUGUGAAAUGACGAACACUUGUAAGGCGAGAUAUUUAGACUUGAUUGUCAACAGUGGGGAAUCGUCCCGUUUGAUACCUGCUAAGAAUGAAUGUAGUAAUAACGAUAAGAAAAAUAGCUCAACAAUCACAGCUGAUGCGAUAAUUCCUGUGUCAUGGUUCACAGGAAAUCAAACCAUCUCAUGUGUUCCACUCAUGACAGAUCAUAAACUUGCUGCUAACCUUACAUCUACAAUAAAUAUACCUGUCUGUGAAGGAGACGGUUGUGUGCCUAAUUGCAAGGAUGAUCCACAAGGUGCAGCAUACUUUCAAGACAAAGAUAUAUGUAACAUAUUUUACCAGUGUUCAAAUGGAGACAUGAUUUUACAGAACUGCUCAAACGAAACAUCUUGGUCACAUAGCGAGUGCACCUGUGUUCAUUUUAAUUAUGACAUUUGUAAUAAGAAAACAUUCAGAUUUUUUCAACCCGCUAUGUCUUUUGCAAAAUGCACAAAAAUGACAUGAGUUUUGCAUUGAUUCAUAUUUGUCUUUAACAAUCAAGAGUCAUCUUAUUUUAUUACGGUUAUUCAACCAAAGGUACUGAUUGUACUUAGAUCAAAUAUUAUCAGCAUAAGUGUCCUGCUUUCGGUGUCACAUUCCAAGUCAACACAACAGAGGGAAUCGCAUUAACAAUAAAUGAGCUAGAUUUGAUUGGUCGACAGUGUGAGAGUCUCUUGCAGAAAAGCAUAGAUUACCUAACUUUGAUUUCUAUCAUGUUGCUGCUAUAUUUAGGAUUCGAUCAAUAUAGAUAUACCCUCAACUUCCUCUGGUUGCUUACUCAUAUUACAAAGAUAGGGAUAAAAACGCACAUCUGCAUCCCAGUUUCAUAUCAAUGUUGUUUUCACAUUUAGUUCAUUUAUAACCGGAUUUUCUUUGAAGAAAUCUUUUCUCACUUAUAAAGUGCAUCCGAAUUUCAUCUGGUAGAAUGAAUGUCGUUUGUAAAAAACAUAAUGAGGAGCGCUUGUUCUCCAUAUACCCGAAUAAUAAGGUUUAAUUUGUCAAUCAACCAUCUUUUACUGCCAUUUUAGAAUCAGUUUCAAAGAUAAAUGAUGUUUGUGAAUUUAUUACUCUAUACAAAAAAAUAGUAUAAUAAGGCAUUUAGUCACAAAAAAUGUCAUUGUAAAUCUGUCAUGUGUUAUGGAUAUUUAUAAUUUU